AGCAGGCUGCGCAGCGCCCAGGGCAGAGCCGGUGCGGCAGCCGCGGACCGAGAGCGUGAGGAGCUAUGGCCACCACCAACGGGGCCGUGGAGAACGGGCAGCCCGACAAGAAGCCGCCUGCCCUGCCGCGCCCCAUCCGCAACCUGGAGGUCAAGUUCACCAAGAUAUUCAUCAACAACGAGUGGCAUGAGUCCAAGACUGGGACCAAGUUUGCGACGUACAACCCUGCGACUCUAGAACCAAUCUGCGAGGUGGAGGAAGGAGAUAAGCCCGACGUGGACAAGGCCGUGGAGGCUGCGCAAGCCGCCUUCCAGAGGGGCUCGCCAUGGCGCCGGCUGGAUGCCCUGAGCCGAGGCCGGCUGCUGCACCAGCUGGCCGACCUGGUGGAGAGGGACCGCGCUGUCCUGGCCACCCUGGAAACCAUGGACACAGGGAAGCCAUUCCUCCACGCCUUCUUCAUCGACCUGGAGGGCUGUAUCAAAACCCUCAGAUACUUUGCAGGAUGGGCAGACAAAAUACAGGGCAGGACCAUCCCCACAGAUGACAACGUGGUGUGUUUCACCAGGCAUGAGCCCAUAGGCGUGUGUGGGGCUAUCACUCCUUGGAACUUCCCUCUGCUGAUGCUGGUUUGGAAGCUGGCUCCCGCUCUGUGCUGUGGCAACACUAUUGUCGUGAAGCCUGCCGAACAGACACCCCUCACCGCCCUUCACCUCGGCUCCCUGAUCAAAGAGGUCGGGUUCCCUCCGGGCGUGGUGAACAUCGUGCCAGGCUUCGGGCCCACCGUGGGAGCCGCGAUUUCCUCUCAUCCCCAGAUCAACAAGGUCUCCUUCACCGGGUCCAUCGAGGUUGGAAAGCUGAUUAAAGAAGCCGCGUCUCGGAGCAACCUGAAGAGGGUGACCCUGGAGCUUGGGGGGAAGAACCCCUGCAUAGUGUGUGCCGACGCCGACCUGGACUUGGCAGUGGAGUGUGCCCAUCAGGGAGUGUUCUUCAACCAGGGCCAGUGCUGCACGGCCGCCUCCAGGGUGUUUGUGGAGGAGCAAGUCUACGCUGAGUUUGUCAGGAGGAGCGUGGAGUACGCGCAGAAGCGGCCCGUCGGAGACCCCUUCGAUGCCAGGACGGAGCAGGGGCCCCAGAUUGACCAACACCAGUUCGACAAGAUCCUCGAUCUGAUCGAGAGCGGGAAGAAGGAGGGCGCCAAGCUGGAAUGCGGGGGCUCGGCCAUGGAAGACAGGGGGCUCUUCAUCAAACCCACCGUCUUCUCGGAUGUUACCGACACCAUGCGAAUUGCCAAAGAGGAGAUUUUUGGGCCGGUGCAGCCGAUACUGAAGUUCAAAACUACCGAAGAAGUGAUCAAAAGAGCCAACAGCCUGGAAUACGGGCUCACAGCCGCCGUGUUCACGAGAAACCUGGACAAAGCCCUGAAGCUGGCCUCCGCCCUCGAGUCCGGCACGGUCUGGAUCAACUGCUACAAUGCCAUCUACGCACAGGCUCCGUUCGGUGGCUUUAAAAUGUCGGGAAACGGCAGAGAACUAGGCGAGUAUGCGCUGGCUGAAUACACCGAAGUGAAAACCAUCACCAUCAAACUGGACGACAAGCUCCCCUGAGCGCAAGGCGGGCUCUUCCCCUGACACCUGAAUGUGGCCGAUCACACCUGCGGGAGAAAAAAAAACGACACUUCUGACCUUCCUGGCCCACUUUCUUCUGGAGACCCCACAUCCGCUGCAUGGGGACGAUUUUUAUUUUCCUCUCGCGCUCCUCUGUUAUUGACCAGUAUGUUGGGGGUGACAGUGCAGUUCUGCCUGGGGGUGGCGCUCUCGGGCAUUUCCAGCUUCCCUUUCCAGCCAGGUUCCUUGGGACAGUGAGGAGGCCGAGCGCACUGCCGACAGGAAGUGGUGUUUGAAGUUUCCAGCGGUCACUUAAAAGUGCUUUUCUGACACUACUCCAGUAAGAAUUUGGAGAAACCUCCCCGUAUGCUCUAGAAAAUUCGGCCUUGUACCUGUGGGUCCCUCUGGGUUACCCACCCGCAGAACAAGCAAGCCCCUCUUACUGCUUAGCUGAAAAGGAAGAGCACUCAGUUUACAAACACACAGAAUUGCAAGGAUCCAGUGUGGGCACUCUGGGGAGGCGAGGACUUGGAGGGUACUGCAGGUCUUGGGGGGGAACGGGUAGGGGUCUUCAGGGACUCCACCUUGACACUGACCUGGGGACUCAGCUUAAAAUCAGUACUGCCUUCGGAAUAUGUCCGAAUCACCAGCCCAGAGAGCCUAUCAGAAACGCUGUCACAGUCUCCCUUAAGGCUGUGACGUUCACGGCAGAGCGAAUCCAAGGGUAAAAUUAAGUCCUGCACUUCCCACACCAGAGCCACCCUGCACGCGUUGACAGAACUGCGUUUCUGCCCCUUGGAUUCGUGGUUGAUGAGCCUGUGUGUUCUCCCUUUUCUCUAAUUCAGACGAGUAGAACACACAGCUGGAAAGGCUGCUGUUAGAAUACAGCCCGGGUUGCGUCUGAGGACUGUCUUGAUAUCAAAAUUCACGAUUAAUCAUCAAAUAACACCCAAACUCCACGGAGGAACUGGGUCUCCUCCUACAGUGUCCUGGUUGCUGCACUAAACAGGUUGUGAGGUUUUCAUUUCCUCUUCGUACAAUUACAAGUUUCAACUGGAGAACAGAACGUGUUCCCAUAUCGCUUUAAGAAAAAAAAAAAAAA